AUUUCUUUUCAUUUUUUCCGUGGAUUCCCAUGGUCACCACAACCACAGUAAAGUCUCGCCCGCCGCAUGCCUUCUUCGCCAUGACCGGCCGCCGCCGCCGCUCUCCGCCGGCGGCGACUUCCAUUUUCCUCAGCACCUUUCGUUCCGUCGCCUCCUCCGCUCGGGGCUCCAUGGCUGCUCUGUGCUGCUUGCUCGUGGUCCUUGCUCUGUCCGCCUCGGCGGCGGCAGGGGAUUCCAUGGAGGAGACCGAUGAGGACGGUCGCUGCCUCGGCUUCCGGGAUGUGUGUGCAGACCAGAGUUCGUUCUGCUUCUCUUCCUCCGUGGUUCAGACGCUGCUUGCCAGCGACGAUGGCGCCAAGGAAUCCAAUUUGGGGGUGUCAAGAGACUGGGGACCAUCCCGGCCAUUGUGCUUCCCGAUGUCCGGCGGAGGCAUGGUAACUUGCUCGUCUGCAGAUGCGAGGAUCACCGGGGCGCGUGAUGCGUUGGGGCGAGAUGGCGAGGAUGUUGCGAGAUAUAAUGCGGCGUCGUGCCAGGCGCCACUCGUGCCUGACAACUGGAUGCAGGCAUCGCAUGGGGUGCCACUGGAACUGGAUGGCACACCCACAGAUGUCAACCCAAGUGGCCUUUACAGUUCGUCGUCGAUGGACGUGGAGAUAAAUCCACCAGUGUUGGAUUGGGGCAGGAGUAACUUGUAUGCAGCCUCUAUGGCCUCCUUGACUGUGGUGAAUUUGAACAAUGAAAGCGUCUUGCGUGUGUAUGAGCCAUUCAGCACUGAUCCACAGUUCUAUGUUUAUGGUUAUGAGGAUCUGGUUCUGCAGCCCCGAGAAAAUGCAUCGGUCACUUUCAUGUUCCUGCCAAAGCUGUUGGGCUCUUCGUCAGCACAUUUGGUUUUGCAGACUAAUUUUGGUGGAUUCAUUAUACAAGCUAAGGGCAUGGCUGUCAGGUCGCCCUAUCAGAUACUGCCAUUGACCAGGAUGGAUGUUGUAAUAGGUAAACACCUCGAGAAGAACUUGUCGAUAUACAACCCCUUUGAUGAUUCUCUCUUUGUCGAUGAAGUGGCUGUUUGGAUGUCUGCAUUUGAAGGCGCAAAACAAUCUUCUCAUGUAGUUUGUCAGUUAGGCCCUUUAGAUGAGGCAGUGGAGUUAACUUCGUUGAGCAACAACUGGUAUACAGCAAGCAGUACUGAAUAUGGAUGGCCAAUGCUCCAUAUUAGGCCUAGUGAGCAAUGGGAGGUGCUUCCUUCAAAAAGUAGCACUGUGAUUGAGCUGAAAUUGCAGCCUAUUUCAGAAGGCAAGGUGUUUGGUGCGAUCUACAUGAAAUUGCGCAAUCACACAACUGAUGCAAUGGACAUUGUUGUUAUACCUAUUGAGUUAGAGGUGCUUAUGCGAACCUACUAUGAUUCCACCAACUUAGUUUCUGUCACGUUUGAGUGUAUAUCAUCUUGUGCUGGAAAUGGAUCAAUAUAUUCCCUUUCUUUACGGAAUGACGCAACAGAACUACUGAGGAUUGUAAGUGUAACUGGGGAUAAUAGGGAUGGCCCGGCGAUCUUCCAGGUGAAGUACCUGAAUGGACUGAUACUCUUCCCUGAUACUGUAACAGAUAUAGCUUUGAUAAGAUAUACUGCUUCAGUUCCAAAGGAUACCUCGUUUGACAACUGCAAUAUAGUGGUAGAAACAAAUAGCUCUCUUGGUAGUUCAAUCAUGAUACCAUGCCAAGACAUAAUGCACACAUCUAGUUCGUACACAACUAGCACUGUUGCUGAAUCUGAUGAGCCAGAUGUUGGAUCAUUUUCUGAACUAGAGAUCUCUGCGAACUCAAGGACAGGAUCUUUGGGCAGUGUCUUAGAAACAGAAGGCCUGCAUAACCUGAAGCCAACAAUCAUGAGAACAGUCAGAGCUGAUGAUAUGGUAAUUAGGAAUUGGAGAUCUCAUGGCACAAUGACUGGGAUUUCUGUUCUCAUAGACCAUGAAUUGUUAUUUCCUGUUGUGCAAAUUGGAUCACAGUUUUCUAAAUGGAUAACCAUCAGUAACCCAAGCCAGGAGCGUAUGUCCAUGCAACUGGUACUGAACUCUGAAGAAAUCAUUGGCCAGUGCAGAACUGUAAAUGAUGCAUGUGAACACACAUUCUCAAGCAGGUCUCCGGAAAUUGACUCGACAGAGACUAGAUUUGGUUUCUCAUUAGGAGUUGGAGCAAUUACAGAGGCCCAUCUUGGUCCUUUGGAGAGCGCUCUACUUGGUCCUAUUGUCUUCCGUCCCUCAAAUCGGUGCAUGUGGUCAAGUACGGUUUUGAUCAGAAACAAUCUAUCAGGUUUGGAGUGGCUGCCUCUUCGAGCACAUGGUGGAUGGCAAUCUAUUGCCCUUUUAGAGGGAUCUGAACCUGCUUGGAAGCUAGAUUUUAACGUUGGGCACAAUGUUGACAAUAAAUCAACAGUGUCUAAAUCUGAGAUCACCAGCACUUUGUGCAGUCAACAGCUGUUCAAGGAGAUACAUGUCAAAAAUAGUGGCGAUGUUCCCCUUAAAGUGUCAAAGGUAAAAGUUUCUGGAGUUGAUUGUGGUGUGGAUGGAUUUAACGUAGACAACUGCAUGGGGUUUAUCUUAGCACCAAGUGAAUCAAUAAGAAUGCUCAUUUCUUUUAAAGCUGACUUCUCUUCAGUUAAGGUUCAGAGAGAUCUUGAGCUAGCUAUGACUACUGGCAUCUUUGUAAUCCCUAUGACUGCAAAUGUUCCUGUCUGUAUGCUUAAGCAGUGCAGAAGGUCUUACUUCAGAUCCAUCCAUUGGAAAGCAUUGAUACUCCUUUUUGGAACUGUGUCCUUGUUUGUUCUGGUCUUUGUUCGCGGGGUCCCGUAUUCUUUGUCAGCAAGCUCUGAAGAUUACUAUGUCAAGAUUGAUGACAGGAAAAGCACGAUCAGUAAGACUGUUAAGCCAUCUUUUCUUCAGGGUAGUAACAAAACUUCCAGGUCUAUAAGGGAACACAGAAAAGCUGAAGAAGCUCUUCCUGAGAAACAACCUCAUGGUACUCUUGGUAGCCCCAAUAAGACAUCUGACAAGAGGAAUCCAGAUAAACAGCUGAACACAACUUCAACUAUAUCUGUGUCCCCAGCUAAUCCUGUGGAAGAUAAGGUAUCAACUGAAGCCACACAAACUAGUGGGAACCUUACUAUCAGAGUUGCUCGAGACAAAGGAAGGCGAAGGAAGCGAAAAGUUGGUGGUGCAGGACUGGCAGCAAAAUUUGAGGUUUCUAGCAGCCACAGUGGGAACUCAACACCAUCUUCGCCAUUAUCACCAAGUUUAACCCCAAAACAAGGUUGGUCAUUUUCUGGGGUAACAUCAGAACCAAAGCACAAAAAUAAACUUGAGAGUGGACUUGAUGUCGAGGCAAGGGCACCAUCAUCUGGGAAUAAAAAAGAGAAGAAUGGUUUGUUGCAAACUGCCAAGGAGCAGCCACCCGCACCUUCAGCAACAUCUUUAAACCCAUUGGCUUCAUCCGCCGUUCUGACCAAUGCGUGGCGCUCACCAUUGCUGGCUGCAACUUCACCAAUCGCUCCACAUGCUCGUGCUCCUGGCUCCAACCUGAUGAAAGAUAAGGCUAUAAAGAGAGACGAGGGUGUGGUUGUGCCGAAGAAAGAGUUCACUUAUGAUAUCUGGGGAGAUCAUUUCUCUGGACAUCUGCUGGGGAAAGCAAGGGAGGUUGCGCAGUGCAAGGUGUUUGAUGCUUCUGAAGUGGCCUCCAAUAGUUUCUUUGCAAGAGAGCCCCAGGCCCUCGUGAUGAAGUCACAAUCUGAACCACCUGUGUCUCGUGGCCGAGGAUCGCUGCCAUCUGAUGUAGCGUCUGGUUAUGCAAUAAAUUAAGAAGCUGAAAGUUGAAACAUUUGGACUCUUGCAUUUCUCCUCUGCAUCUUGCAUGCCUGCCUUUCUGCUAACCAUGCUAUCAUAUCUGUAGCUCCAGAAGCCUAAAUUGAUUAGCGCGAAAGAAAAUUAGGGACACGCUAAAAAGUAAAACCUGAAGUUCUCACCACUGAAAAUUAUUAUUUUUUAAUUCAGCAAUGUGAAACUAAUCUGACAGAAGAUUUAGACCUCCUAAACUUUUAUAAGUUAGUCACCCAUUGUUCUUUCACUAUGCUUGUCUGGAAAAAUAUUAUGCAAGAUCUGGCUGCAGUGUUGCUUCGUUGCAAAUGCAGUACAGAGAAUCAGGAGCCAUUCCAGUGCACGGAACAAACUUGAUCUGCCAUUCAAGCACCCAUGUUCUAGAUGAUGUCGGAUCUAAAGCUGAAGAUACUAAAGGUGGUGUCUCACUUUACUGCCGUCCAAUCGAAGACAUAAGGGACUGGACAUAUAUGCCUGUCUAAAGCAGGAAAGGUGAUUGAUGUUAAAUAAUGCUCACUUUGUGUAACACGUGCAGGUUAGGCAGUUCAAAGGAGAUGCUAACAUUACCCAGUCAUCCUAGGUUCCGGAUGAAGGCUGCUUCCUAAAGAAGAACUUAACAGGCAGUGAUCUUAUUUUAGUUUGUUGAAAUCAGUAGUAGCAAAGGUUGCAUUGCUUGCACGGGCUGUAAUAAUUCUGAAUUCUGAUGGAUCAUCAGGGACUAGUGGUACACAUAAAAACAGCAGCAGGUAAAAUCAAAAGAGCCUGUUCUCUUAUUAUGAGCACUAUACUAUAUAUAACAAAGUACAGUCAUUUUUCAGAUUACACACAUCAUCUGGCACUUCAAAAUCGCUUAUUCAAUGCAGAGCGUGAUCCAGGAGUUUGCCCUAGACGGUUUCCAGCCAAUCACAUCUAGACUGGACUUGGCUUCAAGCAAGAACUUACCCGAGCCUGAGCGACGUAUCAGAGCUGUCCUCCGUGUCGAGGGGAGGACGCGGAUAUGACGCGUUGGUGACGGAUUCAGACGAUUGCCCUUCCUCGUAAACCACCGGUGAAUCAGCGGCAACCUGCAUCUCCAUCUUGGACACCUGCAGCUUCAGAUCGUCGCCUAAUCAAAACACAGAAAUGGAAACAACACACAGAACAUUUGGAAAAAUGCAGGGGGUUUACUUGCUCCUUCAGCCUUGAGUUUUCCUCUAUCAGUUGCGUCCUCUGUUGAAGACCACAAGGGGAGCUGUUACAUGUCAGCAAAACCAAACAGAAACCUAAUGGGGAAGUUUCAGGUAAAAUUUCUCUGAAGUCCCCGUGCAAAUAUUUGGGUUCUGAAGACUGGGUACUUGCCUUCCUCUCUAGCCCGCUGAUCUCGUCCAGGAUUUUCUGGCUCUGCAAUACGGAAAUCGUCAACUCACCAAGACCAUCCAUCCAACAGAUAGCCCCAUUGUUGCCAAACGUACCUUGGUUUUGAGCACGGAGCUGAGCCCCGACUCGAGCCUCUUCUCUAGAGCCUGAAGCUGCUGGAUGUUCAGGCUCUGCAGCUCCUCUCCUCUCAUCUGCCUGUGGGCAUGAGAUGAAUAAACCAGUUGUUGAAUACUAGUUUUUAUGUGAUCGUUUUUAGAUAUGAUUAUACAAAACCCCUACACUGGUAUAAUUUCGUAUUAUUCGGGAUUGUUCUGGAAAAGAAGUAGCUGUAUAUGUAUGUGGUAUGUAUGUACGUACGAACCGGAGCCAAAGGCUUGCUUCUGCAAGCUCCUCCCUUAA